UUUAAACAGGAAAUGCAAUUAAUUUAUUUAAAAAAGCAAUAAUAUUCAAAACUGAUUGUCUGAAAUCUCAAACUUUUCAAUUCCACACUUUGGAUUUAAUACAUACUUUUGUAUUUGGCAAUUUAAUUGUAAAGACUCAAACGAUGACACAAAUAUCUGUUAAUAUAUUUGCACUCUCAGGAUUGAUCCAUUGUAUCACACGAGUCGGCUGCUCGAAGCGAGCUCUGUUUGGUGACCUGUUCGUUAUUACAGCUCCACUGAUGCCAUCUCAAGAUAGCAGAGUAGACUUUUAUUUUGCAACGUCCUCCAAUGUUCCUGUCGUUAUCCAGUAUUCUACACCUUGGUACAGUACAGAGCUUCCUACUUUACUUCAUACAAUUUCGAUCACUUAUGGGAUGUCCAACAUGCUGACGUUUGUAAGUCCCUAUAUAAUAUCAAUGGGCAGCUUCCCUAGCUACUGGACCAUCAAGUUUGAAGGAUCCUCACAUUUUGGCCUGACUGCUUUCUUAAUCGGCAUGCCAUCAACUGUAGAUACUAUCAUCUUACUGCCUGUAAAUAUGUGGGGCACAAAAUAUUUCUCUCUGCAUUUAUGGGUGUCUCCCUUUAUUCAGAUAGUCACUGCGGAGGACGAAAGCGACAUUUUCAUACGAUUCAAGGUCAACUCUAAAAGAUCUGUGACGCUGUCUCCGUUCGUGUUAAACAACUUUAAAGUCAUGUCUCUGAAACUCCGUGCAUUUCAAGGAUACACGAUAGACUUCUGUAAAAAUUAUGAGAUGAGAUUCGCAACUUUAACAGGCACGACAAUAGAGGGCAGUAAGCGCAUAGGUGUUGUUAGUGGCAACUGUCAAAUCCUGAGGUCCUCUCUGUACUGUCCGAACAAGGAGUCAUCAGAUAGCCUAGAAGCAGAAAUGAUGCCAGCUACUAUGUACCAUGGCAAAGAAUUCAUUACCUUGGCAAUCAACAAGCCUCACAUUCAAGGAAAUGUUAUAAUUACUGCAUCCAAAAACGACACCAUGGUCCUGCUAUACGAUCACUACCGGUAUGACACUGUAAGGCUGAAUUAUGCUGGUGAGAAUACCGUGCUAGAGAAUUUGGACGAGCCACACUAUGUGUCUACAAAUAAGCCAGUGUUGGUCGUAUUCUUUUUUAGGUCGGAUUGCGACAACACGCAGGUUGAAUUCGUCCAGGCCUUAACACUAGUAGUGCCGUGCGAACUUUUCUACGAAUCGUACUCAUGGAUUUCACCAGGACCAAUUGCUUCCAACUAUCUCCUGCUUACAAUCCGUAGAAAACACUAUGAAAAUUUAAGGCUUGACAGCAAGCCAAUAACAUCUGGCGUUGUCGAGACCUUUGUUAAAGGUCUCAAAGAGUGGAGUCUCUAUGACAUAUUCAUCUCUACUGGUGAACACUCCUUAAAAUCAUCCAGAAUCAGCUUCGGCUGCUACCUGUAUGGACUGAAUACAUCCAUGGCUUACAUGCACGCCGCGGGAUUUGCUGAUAUUACAUUUGAAACGCCAUGUGAGCCAGAUCUUAGCGGUAUGUACCCAGGAGACCUCAGAGACAAUGACUGCGAUCGUUACAUUGAUGAGGAGUUGCUAAACUCGAUAGAUGAUGAUGGUGAUAAUCUAGUCGACGAGGACGUAAAAGAAGGACCCCGUUUGACGACGACACCGACACGCUUUCCGACCAUGAAGCUGGUUCCUACAUCAACACCAACAACGCUUCAGACCGUUAGGUUUACUACCACUCAGCGUAAGUCGUCGACAAUGUCCCUCACCACGUCGACGUUAGACGAUGAAUGGUUUUCAACAGAAGUCGUCGACUAUUGGACUUUCUGGUCCGAGUGGAGCUGUAGUCGAGUAGAUUGCACUGAUACCAGACUUUUUCAAGAAAGAUCUUGUAACCACAGUUCGCCUAAAACAUGUGUCGGAGAUGCUGUACAGUACAAGAGUGGUUUGUGUUACAUUAACUAUACAUGUCCCAAAGACUGCCCAGUCGGGACAUGGGGACGUAACUGCAUAAACAAAUGCCCAAACUGUGACCCGGACUGUGACAAGUUUAACGGCACUUGCAAGCUGUGCCAGCCUGGAUUUCAGCAUCCGAACACGUCAUGCAGCUCAGAAUGUUCACCAAUGCGCUACGGCUUCAGCUGUCGAGAGGACUGCUACAUCAAAUGUAAAACUGAUUGCAAAGAAAGAGUCAAUGGCAUUUGCCCUGCUGGUUUCUCACAGUAUCUGCCCUUGGUCUUUUUAAUACCAGUUAUCCCACUGACUGUGCUAUUUUUGUUAGGUAAAAAAAUGUCAACUUCAGACAAUGAGAGUUCACUGGAAGGACUAAACGUGAAAAUGUAAAUGAACAAAAUUAUUCAUUAUUGAUUUGUUUUAUUUAUAUUAAUUUUGUUAAUGGGGACAUUAUAAAUACAUGUAUAACUAAUA